AUGGUUUUGACACCACCACUCAAGGUGUUCCACUUCAGAGCUGAUUGGGCAGAGCAAUGCCCAGUUGUUGAUGGAGUCCUUGAAGAGCUUAGAAGAAACUUUGGAGAUAAGGAAGUGGAUUUCAUUGGGGUUGAUGCUGAGGCAAUUCCUGAGAUAUCUUCAAAGUAUGGCAUCAGUGCAGUACCUACAGUGCUGUUGUUAAUGAAUGAAGAAGUAGUAGAUCGCAUAGAUGGCGCAAAUGCAUCAGAAAUCACCAAGAAAAUAAAACACCAGGUAGCUCGAGCAAAUAUUUUCAAAGACCAACUUGAAUCACCAAAGGAGCCCUUGGAAGAUCGUUUGAAACGCCUUGUGCAUUCUGCUCCAUGCAUGCUUUUCAUGAAGGGUUCUGCAGAAAAGCCUCAAUGUGGAUUCAGCAGGCAGAUGGUGGAGCUGUUGAACAAGCAUAAUGCCUCCUAUUGUACCUUCGAUAUUCUGACAGAUGAAGAAGUUAGGCAGGGACUCAAGAAGUUCUCUGAUUGGCCUACUUAUCCUCAGUUGUAUGUGAAAGGAAAUUUAAUUGGAGGACUGGAUAUUGCCAAAGAGAUGGAUGCAAAUGGAGAACUUGCAUCACUUUUACCAAAGAAACAGUCUUUGGAAGAAAGGCUGAAGACUUUGAUAAACAAAGCACCUUUGAUGGUGUUCAUGAAAGGGACCCCCGAGGUACCAAAAUGUGGUUUCAGUCGAACUCUUGUACAAAUUCUUCAUGAGAUUGGGGUGAAAUUCGAAACAUUUGAUAUACUUGGUGACGAGGAAGUGCGGGAAGGGCUGAAGAAGUUCUCUGACUGGCCAACUUACCCUCAAGUUUAUGUGAAGGGAGAGCUUGUUGGUGGUUUGGACAUCAUCAAGGAGUUGCAAAAAUCUGGGCAACUCGUGGAAACAUUAACUCCAAAUAGGAGCACACGUGCUCUGCUUGUUUGUGGCAUGGGAGAAGCUUCAUCAUCUCGUGCUGGACCCAUCAAACACAGGACAAGGUCCACAGCUGGGCGAGAUGUUGUCAGAUUCCAUCCAUCUCAUGUGGAUGAUGAGGGGCUCAUUGACACUGAAGAUGAGAGUUGGGACACCGAAUCGGGUGCUGCCGAGUUCAUGAUUGAUUCGGACGAAGAUGAGCCAUUUGUUCCUUUGUAUUAUCACAAUGACGGUCGAAGUCAAGAUAAAGCCCACUGGCCCACUCAGAAGAAUAGAGAACAGUGGAGCCCCCAUCAUGCAAGAAAAGGCCAAGUAGAGGAAGAGUGGGAGCCAUCAAGUUCCAUUUUGGAUUCUGAAGAGGAUGGUGAUGAUGUCGAAGAAGAUCUAAGAUUUGCUGGUUGGAGUGUUCCAUUUGAGGAGGAAUAUGUUUCAACUGGGUUGGGGGACUUGCUGUUCCUGAACCGGGCAAUGCAGGCACGAUUGAAAGUGGAAAUUGACCGCUUGCAAGAGUUUUUGAUGGAAGUCCAUGCAGCCCAGAAAAAUAAAUUCCUUCUUGGCUUUGUAGGGUCUGUUGCUGAAAGCAAACACCUCAUCCACUGCAUCCAUGAGAACAUCAAAGAACAGGAGUUGAAGAGGAUUGAAGCAAGACUAGAUGUCCUGAAGGAAAAAAAGCUUGUGACUAUAAACAAAGCUGAUCAGCUGGAGGUUCAUCGUCAGAUAGCAGCUGCUGUGAUAAUUAAGAACAGCCUAAAAAAAAGUGAAGCUUCAUUGUUUGUGAAAGGUAAAAAUCAAAAGAUUGACUGGAUGAAGAUAUCAUGCCAAAUGAAGCGGCCUCGCAGUGAUUUGGAGUGCUACCUGAUUUGGGUCAACUGCCUCCAUCCAUCCAUUUAUAAGGCUUCUUGGUCAGACGAAGAGGUGGAAGUUCUUGAGGAUAAAGUAAAAGACAUGCUGGAAUCUCAUUGCCAUGUAGACUGGAACAAAGUGUCAUCCUUUCUCUCAGGACGAACUCCGCUUCAGUGUCUCCGUCGAUUUAGGCAGUUAGAGCAUAAGAAGAUUAAACGAUGGAAAGUAAAGGAAGAGAAAUCGCUUGCUGAAAUUGUAUCAGAGAAUGAUAAAGCAGAUGGCCAUGUGCGCUGGUACAAGGUGUCUGCAAUUGUUGGAAAUCGAACUCGGAAGCAGCUUUCUGAUCAUUGGACUACAGUAGGAACUCCUCUCCAAGGUGCAAAAUUCACUCUGAAAGAAGAUCAUUUUCUUCUGGCAGCUCACAUGAUAUGUGGCAACAAUUGGGCUCAGAUAUCUGCAUUCAUGCCUGGAAGAUCUCGACUGCAAGUAAAGAAUCGAUGCAAGGCUCUAGCAAAGGGGGCACCUCCUGUCUGGUCUCUGGGCGAAGACAGAAUCCUCAUGGAGCAUGUGAGAGAAAAAGGACCAAGAUUCUGGUCAUUGGUGGCAUCUUCCCUUGGUGGACUCAAAGAGGGCACAAGAUGUCGAGCUCGAUGGCUGCGGCUUGAAAAAUAUCUCCCAGAUGACUCAGAUGACCUUCUUCAGAUUUCACUUCUCCAGCAACUUCAACAUCUGUGCAAACUCACAUCCCAGCCUAGAAUAAAGAAGAAGAAGAGGGAUCAAGAAACUUCUGAAUCUCUAGUCUCAGAUUGUGAACUCCAGCGACGUACAAAGAAGAAGCGACAAGAGACAUGCACAGCAACAGAUCCCUUGGAAGAGGACCUAAGAAGUUUUUUCUCCACCAAAAGGAUGCAGUCCCGUCAUGGCAGGCCACGAACAAGAAAUCAGACCUGUGAUUCAAGAGAGGCUGACCAAUUUGAAAAGAGCUUGCUGCUCUAUCUGGGGCUAGGAGAGAUGUAUGCAACCAAUCAGACUGAAGAAACGAUGAGGCAUCAAGUUUCACCUUCACCUCUUGCAGAUACUGUUGCUAAUGCUCUGGAGCAAGAAACUAAACAUGGAGAUUCCUUCUGGGACAUCUUGAACGGUCUGUGGAGCCGAGACCUUAUUGAGGAACCUUGUCUGGAGUACAUGCCACCAAAUGAUGCCAAUGUGACAGCUCUGCGUGCCAUGCUUAUACAUCGGAACAGGCUGAGAGUUCUGGCAAAAGGAGCUAGUGAGGCAGGGGGUUUCCAAGGGAUGAAACAAACCUUCCUUCAGCAGUUCCUUUUCUUCUUCAGUCUCCCAGCUUGGUUGGCAUCAGACAGAUGGUUUGGGGAGCAUGGUGUUGAGGCAGAUGAGGAACCUCCACCACCUCACAACUGUAUCACUCCAGGAGGACUGAUCACUAGUGCUACUGGUUUCAUGAGAGGUCAUGGAACUUACAUGGAGGAUGAAAACCUGUAUGCUUCUGUGGCUGGUGUCAUUCAAAAGGUCAACAAACUGAUCUCAGUGAGGGGCUUCCAGUCCAGAUAUCAGGGAGAAGUUGGAGAUGUUGUGAUUGGAAGAGUUCUUGAAGUAGCUGGCAAAAGAUGGAAGGUGGAUACCAACUCCAGGCUUGAUUCCAUUCUCCAGCUCUCUUCUGUGAAUCUUCCUGGUGGGGAACUUCGGAGGAAGACAGCUGAAGAUGAGAAAUCCAUGAGGCAAAUACUCCAGGAGGGGGAUGUCAUCAGUGCAGAGGUGCACAAUGUCUAUGCUGAUGGAUCUCUUGCACUUCACACAAGAAGUCUAAAAUAUGGCAAAUUGAAGGAAGGAACUAUGGUAAAAGCCCCACCUUGCCUCAUAUUGAGGAGAAAGACUCAUUUCCAUUCACUUCCCUGUGGUGUCACUGUGGUUUUGGGCAAUAAUGGCUACAUCUGGAUUGCUCCAACUUCAGCCGAUCCAGAGGGAGGCGCUGCACCUCUUAGCAUUAAUGAAGCAGAUCGUCAGGUGGUUGCUCGUGUGCGUAAUUGCAUCUCAGCCCUCUCAUCAGCUGGGAUUGUUUUAUAUGACACCAGCAUCCUCUAUGCCUUUGAAGCAUCCAACCAGUAUCCGGAAGUGAAGAUGCUGUUAAAACCAGAAAUUUCUGCCAAUAUUGCCAAGAUAACACGGCUUCGACUGGAGAUGGAGUCUGAUAGAUGAGGUCUUGAAUGAUUCCUCUGUCUGGACUGUUUUUGUUGGUUUUAUAUUUUUUUCCCAAAAAAAUUGUAUUCUUUCAUGGAGAUGGCUUUAGAUUUUCA